AAAAAAAACAAAACGAACUUCACGAGCUUUGUGACCAAAGCCACGGCGGCCAUGGAGUCGGCUCGCCUUCGUGAGCUGCGAGCGCGGGAGAACGCGCUGCGAGCGGAGCUCCAGGUGGUGGAAGCCGCCCUUGAAGCAGCGAUCAAUGAAGGUGCUGCUGCACCCGAGGAGAGCGGCGAGCCACACUUACAUCACCGACCCAGUUGGUCUAUGCUUGGCGGUGCUGAUGGUGCCAGCACUGUGCCACGGAACUUGGGGCAGGAAGAGACUGACUUGCAGGCCGUGCUGAAAAGUUUUCCCAGCUUGGACGUGGGUCCGAUUGGAGAAUUCAACCACUGGGAUCGCCGAGAGUGCCGAGUACGCAACCCUGAAGUUUGGACGAAGCGCUGUGAGGACUAUAUGGCUUCCCUAGGUUCUGCAGCGAUUCCAAAAGUAAUUCAUCAGAUUUGGGUUGGCCCGAAAGAGCCUCCAUGUCUUUGGCUGGACACUUUCCGGGCAGACUAUUUGGAGGCACAUCCAGACUGGAGCUAUGAGAUUUGGAGCGAUGAGCGCGUCGCAAAGUUGCCCAUGUUCAACGAGAAGAUCUACGUGGAAGAGAAGAUGUGGCAGUGCAAAGCCGACAUUUUGCGUUUGGAAUUUCUUUGGCAUCACGGUGGUGUCUAUGUGGAUGCUGACAUGAUCUCUGUGGGGAAAAAGUCCUUGAAUCCGAUUGUCGAGCUGGGCAAGGAGACAGGCUUUGUGAUCGCUUAUGAGCCUGACACCAAAGACAAGCCAUACUCCAUUCUAGGAAACUCAGUGAUCGCAUGCACACCCAAGCAUCCUCUAAUCUUGAUGCUGAUCUUGUACCUCAAGCAGACUUUCUACCAGAAGCGAAACCACAUCGAAGUCUUCGCUGUUACAGGCCCUGUGAUGUAUACAAAGUGCUUGGUUGACUCGUGCAUGCCCAUCUCUAUUGCAGCUCAAGAGCUUCUGUACCCAGCCUUUCACUUCGUGCCGAAUCCUGACGCCAUUGACUUCUCUCGAUUUCCUAAGUGCUUGAUGUUUCAGUUCGGCUACACCUGCUCUGGACUGGAAGGAUAUGUGAAGCGCAGAAACCGCUGCAAGAGGCCGUCCGAGUGCCCCUUUCACGCCAAGACACCCUAUGCGCAAAGCUACAAGGCUUUGAGCGGCCCGGACACACCACUCUAUGGACAGGUUCCUGUGGCUAUGGCAUACUUGGAACAACUCCUGUCGCUGCCGGUUCCGGCAGAUGGCAGCUUCCCAUUGGAAGAGGGCACGGCUUUGUUCCUUGUGGAUGGGGAGAUUGUCCACUUGGUGGAGCUUAGGCAGCAGGUACCAGGUUUCAUGGGCCGCGUGCGCCAUCAACCCUGGGACGUAGUGAUGCUGGGCAUGGAGUGGUCCACUGGUGCAGAUGAGGUGGUUCUUUUCAAUGUCCCUCCUGGUGGACGGCCAAAGCAUUCCAAUUGCUUAGCCAUCAUUGUGAAUGUUGCUGGCACGAAGAAGAUGCAGGUCCUGCGGCCGACGCUGCAGCGCUGCGUCACUCCAACGGGCUUUGACCCAUCUCCUUUGUUCAACUCUGCGGGACAGCUCUCUUUGUGGUUUGCAGCCCAGAAGUAUCCAGGUACGCUAGAAGAAGCCCGCAUUUGGAAGAGCAUGCCCCAGGUGCGACAAGCCUUCCAGCAGUUGGCAAGGCACGAUCCGCCUUUGCAGUGCGAGACCUACGAGGUGCACGGGAAUCUGCUGAAGGGCCAGCAAGAUGGCCGCAUGGUUUUUGAGAUGGUGUUGGAGCCCAAUGGCGGCAUAAUGUUCAGGUCCUGGAAUGACGACAACUCACCAAACUGUGAGAUGAAAAGUGCGCCGGGGCGAGUGGAGUGGAUGAAGGUCUUUUACAACCACGCAAUCGUCUUCGAAGCGCAAAACAAACCAAUCUCGUGAUGCAGGUCAUGGAGGCCUCCCGACUUUUCCGUCGCGACUGAGCGACCACUGCGGCGCACUUGGCAUGUUUUGCCAAAUGCAGCGAGCACGAGCUUGGAACUGGGACGGACCAGAGCAAAGCUGCGAAGG